CGAAACUUCUGGUAGGUUGUUUAUUUGUUGAUCGAAUCAGAAGAAGAAGAAGACAAAGCAGAAGAAAGUCUGACAAUGGCUUCCUCAGCUUUCCUCCGCCUCGCGAUCGUUAUAGGGUUUCUCGCGAUCUCCUCCGCGGCAGCACGGCCUUGCAAGACAUUCCUCAUCUCUUCCUACGCCUUCUCCAUAACCCCAGAAAACCUUAACCCUAACUCCGACGGCGAGCCCGAUUUCUCCUCCACCAGAUUCGUCACCGUAUUCACCAUCCGCCGAUUCACUCCCCGCCAUCUCCGUCCCUUCCUCGUCCACCGCCGCGACGACGGUGGAGGCUUCCUCCCCUCCGCCUUCCUAGGGUCGUCAUCGGAGUCUCGGCCCCAAUUCUCCAUCCCUUCCAUCUCGCACAUCAAUUCCUUCAGAGAUCGAACAAGGGACAUCCUCAGCGUUGUCGUCGCUCUCCUCUUCGGCGUCGGUUGCGGUGCCCUCACCGCCGCGACGAUGUACCUCGUCUGGGCUCUCGUCUCGAACCGCCGUAGCUACAACUUCGAGGAUGAGGAUUACGAGACCGAUGGGUACGAUGAUGCGAGCCCUAAGAAGAUGGGUUACGUCAAGAUCCCUGGCCCUGCUCCUGUGAAGGAGGCUGCUUGAAAGGUGCUCUUAAUCUGAGGUGAAAACAUACAAAACCCCAAAUUUCUUCCGUGGAUUGGGUUUCUGCAUAUCCUGCGAUCGUCUCUUUGCUUUCACGUUUUCGUUUGUGUAUGUUGCGACGUAACAGUAAACCUAUGUCCCUUAUGGAUUCAUGUAAUCCAAAUAUACAGAAAUAUUUGUACUUUAUGAAGUGUGGAUUACUGGAUUUACAUUGUUGUUGUGCAAGUAUGCUCAUUUUAUAUGUACUGAUGUAUUUGGUAAUGCUGAUAGUUCUCAAAGAGUUACUGAUGAUAA